GGGCCGGGCCAGACUGGCAGGGAUGGCGGCGGCGGCGACGGUAGCGGCUGACGCGGGGCCGAGGAUCGCGGUCCCCGUGGAUCUGCGGCGCGAGCGGCGCAUGGUGUGCGUGGAGUACCCAGGCGUGGUGCGCGACGUGUCCAAGAUGCUGCGGACUCUGGGCGGCGAGGAGGGCGUUUCCCGGAUCUACGCAGACCCCACCAAGAGGCUGGAGCUGUAUUUCCGGCCCAAGGACCCUUACUGCCACCCAGUGUGCGCCAACCGCUUCAGUACCAGCAGCCUGCUGCUCCGCAUCAGGAGGAAGACCAGGCGGCAAAGGGAGGUGCCGGGGCCUGAGCCCCACCCCAAGGUCACAUUUGACAUAGAGAUACUUGGCACCAUCUCCACCAUUUACAAAUUUCAAGGAAUGUCCGACUUCCAGUACUUGGCCGUGCACACGGAGGCUGGCGGCAGGCACAUGUCCAUGUAUGACAAAGUGCUCAUGCUCAAGCCUGAGAAGGAGAGUUUCUUCCACCAAGAGCUGCCGCUCUACAUCCCCCCCCCCAUCUUCUCUCGGCUGGACACCCCAGUGGACUAUUUCUAUCGACCAGAGACGCAGCACCGGGAAGGCUACAACAACCCCCCCGUCUCAGGCGAGAACCUGAUUGGCCUGAGCAGGGCCCGGCGCCCCCACAAUGCCAUCUUUGUCAACUUUGAGGAUGAUGAGGUGCCCACGCAGCCGCUGGAGGCUGCAGUCCAGACGUGGAGGAGGAUCUCUACCAACCCCCUGGACCGGAAGGUGGAGGAGGAGCUGAGGAAGCUGUUUGAAAUCCGUCCCAUCUGGUCACGAAACGCUGUCAAGGCCAACAUCAGCGUCCACCCUGACAAACUCAAGGUUUUGCUGCCCUUCGUGGCCUAUUACAUGAUAACAGGGCCCUGGAGAAGCCUGUGGAUCCGAUAUGGGUACGAUCCCCGAAAAAACCCAGACGCCAAGAUUUAUCAAGUCCUUGAUUUCCGAAUCCGUUGUGGAAUGAAAUACGGUUACGCCCCGAGUGACAUGCCCGUCAAGGCCAAGCGCAGCACCUACAACUACAGCCUUCCCAUCACCGUCAAAAAGAUGCGUAAGUGCCUCUGCUCGCCCUGCGGGAUCGGGACUGAUUUGCCCGCACAGAGACGCGAGGAAGCCAGCCAGCCUGUCACCAUGCAUGACCUGAAGCAGGGCCUGGGCCCGUCGGGGAUGGCUGGCACGCGGAAAUCGACCUCCAACAAGUACAAGCUCAAGGACUCGGUCUACGUCUUCCGGGAGGGGGCCUUGCCACCCUAUCGACAGAUGUUCUACCAGUUAUGUGACUUGAACGUGGAAGAGCUGCAGAGGAUCAUUCACCGCAACGACGGGGCUGAGAACUGCUGCACGGAGCGAGAUGGCUGGUGCCUCCCCAAGACCAGUGAUGACCUGAGGGACACGAUGUCCCUCAUGAUCCGGCAGACCAUCCGCUCCAAGAGGCCUGCUCUCUUCUCCAGCCCAGCCAAGGCCGACAGGGGGAAAGAGCCCCUGACGUACGAGUCUGGGGAAGAUGAGGAGGACGAGGAAGAGGAGGAGGAGGACUUCAAGCCAUCCGAUGGCAGCGACAAUGAGAUGGAGACAGAGAUUCUGGACUACGUGUGACACAGCCCUGCACCCGAGGCUGGGCAUCCUUGAUCAUGCAUGACUGGUGAUGGAACCGGGGCAAGCCGUGUCUCCCCAUUGCUGCCCACGGUAACCAGAGCGGCCCGAGGAGGCCCCCCCAUCCCACCACCGAGGAAAGCUGGGGUCCCAGCACUGGGUUCAGCUGACCCUGGUCCUGCCCGUCUGCCCGUGACACCUGCAGCAUGGGACUGCCCUCCGGCCCUGGGUGCUUGGGGACAUCCCCAGAGGGUAUGACCUGGCUUUUCGCAGCUGUGAGCCAGCCCAGUGUCCAGCAGGCUGAGCUGGUGCCCAGCACCUCUCUCUGGCUGAGGACAGCAGAAGCUGGAGGUGGAGAGGAUGUGGCCAGGGGCAGGGUGGUCUCGCCUUGGAGCUGAUGACUGGUGACCAGCGAGGAAGCUUGUCCGUGGUCACAGAUGGGCAAAGACUGUCCUUGGGUUUGGAUCCCAUCCAUUUGGGACUCAGCUGGAGUUGUUCUUACCAAAUACACUUUCCCAAGGAGAAAGUGGUGUCUCACUGCGGGGGUCGGAGCCAGAGGAGAGUUUCCUCUUACAGGUUGGGUGAGAGCAGCUGGGAGUACCCCAGACGCCAGGUCCCAGAGUGUCCUGCAGCCUCGAGCGCAUCCCUUACUGCUCCAGAUGUGUUCUUGAGAAGUUCAUGGGGACGCAGACCCUGGUGCCUCCCAGCUCCCUGGUGUGAAACCGGAGGCAGUGCAGAUUCUGCUGGGACGGAGGCUGUCCUCCCUGGGGAGCACUCCCACCUGUGCCAGGGGACAGCCGCGCCACAGUCCUACAGAGCAGCCUGAGCCGGAGGUGAACCCGGUCACCCCCUUCCUCAGCCAGCGGACUGGGCCACCUGGUGUGACAGCUCCCCAAGUCACAUUAAUUCUAAAGUCCGAUGCCUCAGGCAAGCCCCAGUCUGCUGCCCAGGCUCCUGGGGAGCCCCCUUGGGGGACAGAUCAGGAGCCCCAGUGGCUCACAGUUGGCCUAAAGUGGCUAGUCCUGGCCACCUGCCUUGUAGAGGGGAAGCUGCCAGGCUGACCGCCCACGAUGGCCCCGCUCCCUGCUGCUGGGGACCAGGAGGGGUCCCCUCCCCCAUAUUCAGAAUAACUCUCUGUAGAACAGGUUCUCAGAAUUGGAAGAGCUGGACAGAAGGCGUGGGUUAACGAUUCCCCGUCCUUGUCCGGGGUGGGGGCUCAGGCUCUUUCCCCCGUCGUCCUCACACUGCCCAGCUGAAGGCACACGAGCCCCUUCCUGGUUUCCUAACUCCUCCCUCUCACCCGCAGCUGCCCACCCCUCCCCACCUCUCCCCACCU